UGUGAAUACUAGAAUACUAGUAUACAAAUUUUAACUAUUAUCGAUAUAAUGUUUUGAGUUUGGAAGGAAAUGUUUAUGCGAUAAUUAGGAUAUUUAUACACAUAAACAUACAAGGAAAUGUUUAUUCGGAUAUUUGGUAUAUUUGUUUUAGUUUUAUGUGGUGGAAAUUUAUCAGCUGUGUUAAAUAGGAAACACGUUUCAAAUGAAACUUCAAAAUGUUUUAAUAGGAAUAAGUUUAUGAAGUUACAAAAAGCACAGAUUCCUCGGGUAGAAACUGCGGUUAACAUUGCUCAAGAUGUGAAUAUUACUGCUAGUUUCCAUGUUGAACUUAAAGAGGACAAUGUCAUCACUGGAAGCAUUAAAUGGAUCUUUAAUAAAGAUGAAGAUAUGACAAAUCUGAUCGUUAGGCUUUCGUUUGUUAAUAAUCAGGUGGAAACAACAGACUAUUUUCUUAUACAUGUAGACAGUAGAAGUAUUGAACAUAAUGGCAGCAGAUAUGCUAACAUGAACUGUAUAAAGGUACCACCAACCACAAACACUACCAUUAUAGCCGAGUUACAUCGAAUCAAUUUGACAUCUUGUGGCUGUGACAUUACAGAUCUGAACAUCACUUACUGCCUUCAUCUAUGUCACAUGUACCAUGUAUCUACGCACACUUUUCUGUCAUCAAGAGAUGCCUGUUAUUGCUACCGAGAACGUAAUCAAGAUGAACUUCGUAUGAAUCUGAAAGCUGAAAUGAUUUCAACAAAUUUUACCAGAUUCAGAGGCUAUUUCUCAAAUGUCAACCCUUAUCUCAUUGCACGUGUAUCAAUAUUUCCUGAAGACAUUGACCACAGUCCGCAUGUUCCGAUCCUUACACUACCAGUAAAAGUGAAUGCAGAGAGAGAAAUCUACUUCUCAGGAGUUUCCCAGAGUCUAGGUUUCUCUGAAUUUUAUGCGAUGUUGACAGUAUCUUGCUCUGAAGGAGAAAUCCCCGAUCACUUCUCAAGUCAUACAGCAAGAGCAAGACCGUACGAGGAAGAACACAACAGUCAGCAUAGUGAAAAGUUCGAUAGUGGUUUAGGUGGUAACAUAGAGAAGAAUACUGAUGACUCUGUCAAGAUCGAUGUUGUUGUGUAUGGUAUGGUUACUGGACUGAUCGGCGUCUGCUGCAUUGUCACAGUGAUUGUUUGGCUGAAAUGUUUCCGUGGCAAAAAAAGAAGAACUGAAAACAUUAGAAGAAGCUGUGAUGCAGGUAGAGACCUUCAGGUUGAGCCAUAUACUCCAAGCAAGUGGUAUUCAGAAAGACAAAUAACCAGGAGUAUUGUCGGAACAUUGGGAAUAUCAAAAAGGGAGAAAGACGUGAUGAUACUUUAUCAUCCAGACACGAAAAUACAUAAAACAGAUGUGGAUAACUUAACUCUGUGUUUGCAGAAAUAUGAUAUACAAGUUCAUGAUAAGCCGGAAACAGCCUUCCAGAACUGGAGGGACUUUGCUGAAAAAGCUGGAGAAGACUACAAGGAUGUUAUUAUUGUUUUAUCUUGGGGAUUAAUAGAAUUGUGUGAAAUAUACAAGAAAAAGGGCUACAAUGUUGAUAAUAAAACUAUAUAUGAUAAAGAAAGUGUUUCUAUAUCUGACAAAGACUUGAUUGAUAAACGGUGGAAUGAAUUGUUAGAACAAAGACAUGGAGAAUAUAUUCCAUGUGUUGCUUUGGACAAAGUUAGGUCCGUGAUUCAAGAUAGACAAUCAGACAUUGGGAUGCACUUUGUAACUUUCUGUGAUAGUCAAACUGACUCUUCAGAUGUCUGUGAUGGAGAGAAAAAUGACAUUGUUGAUCAUCAUGAAAGUGAUGCUUUAUUAAAUUGUCUCAAUAUUCAUAGUGAUAUUUCGAAGCAUCAUGACAAUGACGAACCAACCACAUGCAAUAAAUCACCGAAUUACAAUGAUCAUUGGGACUUUAUAAAACACUGCACAUUUUUGCAAACAAAAUCUAUCAAAUUUCACACCAUUUCCAGAAAAGUUCUUAAAUAUCUAUUGCUUUCCGAGACGGAAACUAACGUUACGGUAAAUACAAUGCAUUCACUGUCCUUAUUAUAUAUUCUGAAAAAUCUACGAUAAUGUUGAUUCUGUUGAUACAAACUGUAUAAAAAUAUGAUACCAUUUUGUGUAUCCGUAUAGUUUAUUAAGAAUUUUAUGUAUGCAUUAUGUAGCAUAUUUUUUGUUGGGUUUAAAGUCACACCGACAACAAUUAUAGGUUAUAUGGCGACUUUCCAGCUUUCAAUGUUUGGAGAAGAACCUUGGUGCUGCUCCACCAGACAUUAUUUCAGGAACAGGCGGGCACCUUGGUAGAACCAUCGACCUUCCUCGCACGGAAGACUGUUAUACCCAAAGUGAAGUUUAUUAAACAUGUAGUCAAUAUAAUUAGUUUGCACAUUUUAUUUCAUAUACAUGUACGGUAUAUAUAUUUUAAUCUUCCAUUAUUGAAGAUACUACUAUAUAUUCAUUAGUUAUGAAAAGUGUGAUUUUACAAAUUAUCUCCAAAAUGACGUCCCUUUUAACAAAAAUUGACGUCCAUUCACGUAAUCUGAAUUACCAAGAUAUCCUUUUAUGGAGGUAUUCGACAGACAGAGUCUACAAACGUAUAUCUGCAGCAAAAGUCUAUUAAUCUCAUAAACUGUUACUAUCAGAAAAAAAUGGUGAAAUGCGAAGCUUUGUACCAGGAACAUACAUGUACGUCUGUGGAGGGAGAGUGAUGGUCAAAAUAAGCGAAAGAUACGUCAUUUUGAGCCUAUGUUGUGAAACCAUACCUUUUAUAAAUAGACACAUAAAAUGAUAUCACAUAUUAUGGGACAACCUGUAAGAUAAAAUUAGCUAUAGAUAAAUUGUAACUGUAGUAUCAGAUAUUUGCACGUGAUCAAAGUUCAUGGAAUUUACGACUAAUCUAAUACUAGUACACAAGGUUUAAUCUAUGCGUAAUCAGUAACUUUUCAACAUUAUUUAGUCUAUUAUUUUCGAGGACUUUUAGACAAGAAAUAAUCAAAAACACGACUUUGACGAACAUUAAUCCCAUGUUAAAUCUCUGAUUUUACAGAACCAUGGUUAUUAUUGUGCAAUAAUUUUACAGUGUAAAAGUAUGUCAUAUUUUUUAGGUAUGAUAUACGUUUGUUGCUUCCGUUUCCUACGUAUAUAACUUAAAACUAAGUGCUGCCAAGUUUUGAUAAUGAAAGUGUUCUACAAAGAUAAGAGAUAUAAGCCAUUUACCAGUAAGUUAAUAAUGGGGUUGGUAUAAUGGAUCGUAAUUCUUACGAAGAAAACAGGCUCUUCAAAAGUAAUGAUAUAAUAACGAUAUAGCAAUGAUAAUGAUGAUACUAAUAAUGAUGAUAAAAAAAAUAAGUGCUAUCUAUAAAAUAGAAGGAUAGUUAUCAGAAUUACUACAAGUAGUCUACUGGUCAAAUAUUCAAACUAAAUCAGAAAAAGCUGCACAAAAAUGACCUGAAAAUGUUUUAUGUUAUUAAAUUCAUUUGCAUAAAUCACUUGUGCAGCUCAUUUUAACACUUUAAGAUUGUUACAGGAAUUGAUAAAAGCUUUCCCGUUACAAGCCUAUGAAGUUAAUUUAACCUUAAAAAAGUAAACCAGUAUUUUGAACCAGUGUUGUUGUAUUUUCUGGCCAUUUCAAAGGAUCCAUGCAAAGUUCUAUUCUUUUAAAGAAUUGCUGUCGUGUGAGCUACAACUUUCGUAAAUACAGAUUUUCCUACUCUUAGACCGAUAUUUUAGAAAAAGUGAAGGUGAGCUACGUUUGAAAAAGGUUUAACUAGUUAAAAACCAAACACAUGAAA